AUGUCACUGAUCGAUUCGAAGGCAGCAUUCCAACAGAGGUGUGGCGAGUUGUCAACGACGACAAUUUCACUUUUUGACCAGCUGGCUGCACAGAACAUCAGCUCAUUUUCAGAGCUUGCAUUUGAGUGUGGCACACCAAACCGGCCACCAAGCGAUGAAGAGUUCAAGGCGUUGGCAGAUUCAGUUUUAGGAGGAGGGGCAUCAGCAGGACAGACAGGCUUGCUUAGGCGCUUACACUUCGAAGCCGCCACAUUGGUUUUGUCACAGCUGAAGACGGCAGUCACUAGUGAGACAAGUGAGGGCAUCAAGAAAUUGCCGUUUGCAGAGAAGCAAGCAAGGUAUGCGAGGGUCAAAGCCUCAGUAUCAGGUUUUCUGAUACAAGGGGCCGCUCCCAAGGACAAUCAACAGGUGCUGAAGAUCGAAUCACAGACCUUGAAGGUCAGUACAGAAGGCUCUUCAAACCUCACCAUUGAGAUCAGGAAAGCUAAUCUCAGAGGUGUGGCCAUUGACAAGACAGUUGGAAGGGCCAAAGGCCCCAUUACGGUCUUGGAUUUGACAGUGGAGGAGGAUGUGGCAUUUUUGUCAGAAUUUAUCAGGCAAGAGGCAAAUAAUAUUUGUUUGAUUCACUUCGCACCACCUUGUGGAACUUGCUCAGCAGCUCGAAAGAGACGAUUGGCCCCAGCAGUCCUGGAUCGAUUGGCAAGUGAUGGUAUCACACCACCGCAGAUUUUGCGGUCUGAAGCUUUCCCAACGGGCCUGCCAAAUUUGAGAGGCCUCGACGCCAUGAAGGACCUGUCUGAAGAUGAAAGAAAACUGCAUGACGGUUUGAGCAAUCAUGUCAAGCAAGUUUUACAGGGCAAGAGACUCCUUUUGCUUCGUGACAUACUGGAGGACCUCGAUUACCCGGAUAAGAUCAGCCUUGCAGCCCUGCUAAAGUCAUCGGCAGGGCUCCAGAAAGCAGCGCGCAGAAGGGUUGUGGAACCGGAGGACACUGAACUUCAUGCAGCGGCUUGGGAAGAAACCAGACUUGAAGAAGAGAGAGGAUGGAUUUGGCCUGACGAUAGCGGGAUCUUCAAAGAAAAGAUCAUUGCUCACCGCUUUGGGAUCCGUCAGGGCGAUAAAGUGAGAGUCAGUGACAAUUUCAAGCAGUGUGGAUUGAAUGACUCUUGCGGUUUGCCUGAGAAGUUCGUUUUGCAUGGCGUUGAUUACAUUGCUGAACCGAGACUGUUUGGGCUUAACGCCCUUCCUUUUGGUGCUACGGGAAGUGUUGCAGGCUUCUUGCGUGUGAGCUCCGCCCUAUUCUUCGUCUUGUCCGUUGGGCUGAAGAUUUGGUGCAGUGCCUUCUUCGAUGACUUUCCAACACUGUCAGGAAAAAUUUUGUCCGACAAUACUGAGCGAUGUGUUGGAUUGUUAUUUGAUCUAUUGGGCAUACAAUACGCCCAGUCAGGAAAGAAGUGUCAACAGUUUUCUGAGGAGAUGCGGGCAUUGGGGUUAGUCUUCGACCUGAGCCAGUUUGGAAAAGGAAAAGUCUUUAUCAAGCACACGCCUGAGAGGAAGCAGGAACUGACUGAGCGCUUGGAAGAGAUCCUGACCAAGGGGUCUUUAACACCAAAGGAAGCUGAAAGCCUGAAAGGCCGAGUCCAGUGGUACGAAUCUUAUUUAUUCGGAAGAAUAGCAAACCUCGCAGUGCAUCGAAUAGGCAAGCGUGCCUUGUCCAAGAUGGCACCUCGGGACACCAAGCUUGACGCAGAACUCAAAGCAGCUCUGACUUUUCUGAAGGAGAGGGUGAGCAAUGGACUACCUCUUGAACUAACAGCCGAGACAGAAAAUGCUUUGCUUAUUUUUACAGAUGGCGCCUUUGAAAGCACUCAGGAGUCGGGGUCAGUCGGUGGAAUUCUUUUUGAUGAACAAGGGAACCCGCUCAGAUUUUUUGCCGAAGUGAUUCCCGAUAUCCUGAUGAAAUCUUUGAUGAAAGAGGCUGUGAAUCCGAUCUAUCUGAUCGAACUGCUAGCGGCCUAUUUGGCCGUUUUCCUGUGGGGUGGCCUUCACCCGGCGCGUUAUGUGGUAUCAUAUAUUGACAAUGAAGCAAGCCGGCUUGCUCUGAUAAAGGCGUACUCCUCCACUGAACUUGGUAAUGUGAUGGUACAAAUGUUCGUCCAUCUCGAGGACUCCUCUCAAUGGAAAAUAUGGUUUGGGAGAGUAGGAUCUCACUCGAAUCCGUCGGACGCUCCAAGUAGGAUGCAGGUUGAAGACCUCAUACAACGUGGAGUCGUUCGAGAUUCAGUAGCUUGGGACGUGGUGAUCAUGUCGUACGAAGAAACGCUGCACAUGCUUGGACGGGGGUGA